AUGUCCCCUUUGAACACCAUGUUCCUGAUGGUGCUGCAGGUCAUCCUCGUGAUCUGCAAAAGUUCUUUGGAUCUGUGUGCAGCUCUUUUGAGGAACCUCCGCUCAAAGAAUAAGAAAAUUUGCCGUUCCUGGCACGUGCAGAGCCAGAAAGGUCUAGCUGGUACAUCAAGGUAUUCAAGGAGGUCCAGUGUGCGGUCCCGCUGGUAUGCCCUUGCUGGAGUCGGGGUGCCCCGCCGCUGGUGGGUGUGCCCCCGGAGCAAGAACUGGUGGGAGCAAUUCAUCAGGCUCACGUGGGAUGAGGAGCAGUGGAUAGAGCGGUUUCGCAUGAGUCGUGGCACCUUUUUUGAAAUAGUGGAAGCCCUCAGACCACGUCUCCAGCGGCAGAUCACCAACAUGAGGGAGCCAAUACCUGUUGAGAAGAGAGUUGCCAUUGCCAUCUGGUACCUUGCCAAUGCCAACUGCUACAGGGAGGUCCGUGAACAAUUUGGAGUUGGUCUCUCCACAGUCGGGGAGAUAGUCCUUGAGGUUUGCUGCGCCAUGGAGCUUGACCUGCUGAGGAAGAUGGUGUGCCUGGGCGAUGAGAUCACCAAGAUCAUGGAUGGUUUUGCACAUCUAGGAUUUCCACACUGCAUUGGGGCAAUCAAAGGAAUGCACAUCCUCAUUCGAGCCCCAGGAAAGCGGAUUGAUGAAUAUGGCAACUCCAAGAAAAACUGCUCCAUAUUGCUCCAGGGCACCGUGGACCACAGUGGGCGAUUUAUCAAUGUCGAGGUUGGCUGGAGCGGCAAGACCCGGGAUGCGUUUGUAUUCCGGAACUCUGCCUUGUGCAUGGCAAUGGAUGCUGGGGUUUUUGUUCCUGGAAACCCAACCAUGGAGAUCAACGGAGUUCAGGUGCCAGCACUGAUGGUAGCAGAUGGAGCUUACCCCAUUCGCAGGUGGCUAAUGAAGCCCUUUGGCAAAAAUGGGGACAGGUGUCAGCAAAUGUUUGACUGUGCACUCCACAGGGCUAGGAACGUGGUAGAGUGCGCCUUUGGGCGGCUCAGGACGCGAUGGCGUUGCCUAACGAUGCGCCUUCCCGUAUUUGAGGAGAACAUCUGCACUGUGAUUACAGCUUGUGUCAUUCUGCACAAUAUAUGCGAGGAGAAAGGACAUGGUGUGGUAGUGGACCUCGGUGACUCUGUCCCCCCUCUUGUCUCCAGUGAUGAGGAAGACUACUACCGGAGCGAUAACUGUCAUAAAGAGGAAGGGGAACGUGUCAGGAGUGCAAUUGCUGAUUUCAUGCUUAGUCACCAACCUUGUCUGUGA